GAUUCACUCACUGGAUCAAGUGAGGGCAAUACAGAACUGCAUUCGCUCAUCGGCAACUGAGCAGCCAGCGCUCCAGCAUUCGUCCUCCAUCGGAAAGUCACGUGAAGUGCUCCAGGGACUGGGGAGCCAGGACUGGUGAAGAUCUGCCCAGCGCAGUGGCACCGUGCUGGGAGUGCCGAGGAUAUACGGGCGUGGAGCAGGACAGGGCCCACAGGAAAACUCUGCAGUGCUACCCUCACCCUCCGCCAUGCUGAGCCUGAUCAGACUACCUCGCGUUUUCACCAUCAACCAGGUCCCCAAAGCGUUCCAUGAAGAUGGCAUCAUCUCCGGGUACCGCCAUCCUUGCAGCUCCGCCACCGACUGCGUCCUCAGCCUGUUCCAGCUGACCAAUGAGACGCUCAACAUCUGGACUCACUUCCUGCCAACCUGGUACUUCCUGUACAAGCUGCUGACAGUGGUGCUGAUGCAGGACGCCUGGCGGGAUGUGUUCACCUGGCCGCUGCUGGUGUUCCUGCUGUCCGUCUGCGUGUACCCGCUGGCCUCCAGCUGCGCCCACACCUUCAGCACCAUGUCCCCCCGCGCCCGGCACGUCUGCUUCUUCUUCGACUACGGGGCGCUCAGCUUCUACAGCCUGGGUUCAGCCAUAACCUACUCUGCGUAUGUUGUCCCAGACAAAUGGGUGAACAGCACUUUCCACCUGUACUUCAUCCCCAUAGCCAUCUUCAAUACUGUCGUCUGCACUGCUCUGUCCUGCUACUCCAGGCUUGGCUUACCAUUUCUACAAUAUAACCAUGACAUCAUAAAAAGAUAUCGAGAGUGCCGAAGCGUAAAGUGGGGGAGAGUCCUGCGUGUGCUGGCCUUCGCAUACCCGUAUCUGUUUGACAACAUUCCUCUGUUCUACAGGCUCUUUGUGUGCGCGGGCGAGGGCUGCACUGAUAACGGCAACAACAGCCUGCACUGCUGGCACGUUACGCUGGCCUUCCUCACCGCCUUCCUGUUCGCCACACACCUGCCUGAGCGCCUCGCGCCCGGCUGCUUCGACUACUUUGGUCACAGCCACCAGCUGUUUCACGUGUGCGGCAUCAUCAGCACGCACUUCCAGAUGCAGGCCAUCGAGGCGGACAUGGCCCUGCGCCGGCCCUGGCUCCAGACGCACGCCCCGCCCAUCACCUUCGCCAACACCGCGGGGGCAGGGCUGCUCUGCGUGGCCCUCAGCCUCUGCGUCAUCUACGUGUUCAGCGUGCCGCUCUACUGGACCCCCGCCGAGAAGGGCAAGCACGGCAGGAAGGCCAAGACCCCCGCCAGGGCCUCCGACUAGCAGCAGUCACCAGGGGGUGCCACCUGUUUCCACACGGAGACUUUGGGUGCAUACAGCGAGGGGCAGGAGGCUGGCGGGGUAGCCCAGGCAUAGGUACUCACUUUCCUUCAAGUUAAGGUCACUAUCUUGACUUUAUUUCUGUCAUGUCAACAAGAACAACAGAAGUCCACACGCUUGGUGAGAGACGCACUGCUUGAGAGCGAGGUGUGGGAAUGAAGGAGGAAGGUUCUGUGUUCUGCAACGGCCACAAACUGACUGCGAGGCCAGCCUAUUGGCUGAGAGACGCUGUCCACCGAUGAGCAGUGAGUGCUCACGCGCUUAGGUCACCUCUGCAAGGAGACCGCUGGGGUCGCAGGAAUGCUUUCAGGGAUCACAUCACCAAACAAGUUUUUUUAUUUCAUGACAAGGUACUCGUUUUUUAUUGAAUGUAUGAUGCAUUACAGCUGAAUUUUUUCCAAAGUGACCUAUCAUAUGCAGUGUCCAUUUUGAUUGAUGCGUGUUAUGAGGAAUGUAUCUCACAUGAAGAGAAAGCUCCGGUCAAAUGAAACACCCCUUUGUUUUUGUAUACCUCUGAUCAUGUUCAUCUUUUUCUGUUAAAUAGGAUAAUAUGAAUAAUGUGCUCAUUGUCGCCAUAAUGGCAUUAGGUAGAAACGGCCAUAAAACUAAACACAGCUGAAAAAGUCAGUGAUUAGUUCAUAGAGUAAGAGGAGUUGUUGCCUGUAGUUUUUGGCUCCCCCUACUGGAUAUUGGGAGAACAGAAAAAAUCUGAAAUCAUUGUUAUGUUGUCUGUUUAACAAGCACUUCUAUAUUUCCUAUUGAAAAUCAUACGUCACAACAUGCAAGUGUGAUUUUAGUUCAUAAUAAUUGUACCGUAAAGAACAAAACUAAGAAAGAGUGACCUAAUAGCUAAUUAAUCACUAAUGAAGUAUUCACUAAUAUUUACCACAUGUUUAUGCUAUACAUAUAUAAACAUCAUAUAUGGAGAUUCCAAAAGACAAUAAUUCCCUGGCAAAGUGUUUAAUUGGACAUAAUAAGAGCUAUUGGCUUGGUGUACGCUUGGCAUGUCCAACAGUCCAACAGUCCAUAGUCCCUGACAUUAAUGUGCCGAUACACACAUCUCUGUGCUCAUUGUACAGUUAGGUCAGAUCUGUUGACUAAUUUAUGAGGGACUGACGACUGUUACUUUACAGAAAACACUUAAUUGUUCCCUUUAAGCUAAACCAUGUAUUUUGUGUUAUCAUCCCUACGAGACCAUAGAAUUACAAGGUUCUAACUGACAUUUUUGACAAAAAUGAUUUAGUGUCCUAAAUAUGUUGUUUAUAGGGCACUAAAUAUAUGUGCAAAGUUUUACACAAAAAUUCUGUUCAGAAGUAUGCAAACAAUAUUAAUUUAAAAGGUUGUGUCUGCUUGGAGCCCAUUUACUUAUUUAUUAUUUGAGGCUUAGUAUUUCAAAAACACUGCAUGAAUGCAGAUAGAACCUGCAGAUAGAACCGUAUAGUAAUUAAAUGGUCACGAAAGGUAGCACAAAAAAACUGUUAAGUUAAUGGUAGGGACUUUUUGUUUAUUUAAAAUAACAUAUUAUUGUAUUUUCCAUUUUUAUAUGUAAAUGCUUCAGGGUGUGGAUAUUCAAUGUCAUUUUCUGGUCCUUUAGGAAGGUGUCAUUAUACAGUAGGUUUUAAAUAUUCUCAUGAAUAAUUAAGACUUUUUAAAUAAAAACUGUCUACAAUGACUUUAAAGUCAGAUGAUCAGGAGCCGAUAGAGCAACACACUAAUACCAAACAGUAUGCAGUACACAGUGUCCAGAAAUUUAUUAAAUAUGCUAUAUCCCCAGCUGAGUUACAGUAUGUAAACCUGAACAAGGCCUUGAACCUGCCUUACAUUUUCUCAUUGUAUUUUCUGGAAGUCAUACAAAGUGCCAUUUGGGCUGCUGGUUUCAUUGGUGCUUCAGUUACAGGUUAUAUUUCCUGAGACCACUGUUUUUUUUAUAGGCAAACCUAGGAUGAUGUACUAUACUCAUGGUUAAUCUAAAAACAGAAUUUUAAAAAAUGUGUUUCAUAAUAAAUUCAUUUUGCACUGAUUUAAAA